UUUGGUGUCAAUAGUUUCCUUAGUUCAGGGUUAGUGGCUCCGGAGUCGAGUUGACAUAAAAAAAUCCUAAACAAUACUGCCUUAUUGCUAGUCAAAAAAAAAGAUUCUAAUCAAUCGAUAAUUUAUUCAGAAAAAAUAACUGUGUCAAAUAAUAGCAAGGUCUUUCUGCGAUAGUUGUUCGGAAAUCAUUAUGAUAAACGUAAUCAAACUGAGUAUUUUGUGUUUGUAUUUGGUUUGCUUAGAGUGUUUACCAACCACCAAUAAAUAUGCUAGACAAAUUCCAUCGGAUGAUGCGCUGAAAUUUAUGAAAAAAUAUGGCUACCUAGUAGACGACAAUGGACAAUCAGAAGCCAUAUAUUCGGAAGAAAAUUUGAGCAACAUUAUUAAAACAAUGCAAAAGUUCGGAGCCAUAGAACAAACUGGAGUUAUAGACAAUCGUACCGUAGAGCUCAUGGCUUCUCUCAGAUGUGGAGUGCCAGAUAUUGUGUCGAGGAGAAAAAAGAGAUACGCAGUAUUAGAUGGGUGGAAUAAAAGGCACAUUACGUACUAUAUCUCCAACUGGUCUUCUAAACUUGGCGAAGAAGUGGUAGCCAGAAAUAUUCAAAGAGCAUUGGACGUAUGGGGAGGAUAUGGCCGAUUAACUUUUUCGCGAUCGUAUAGCCAAGAUGCAGAUAUUAUUGUGGCUUUUGGAAGAGGAUAUCAUGGCGACAGAUUCCCAUUUGACGGCCCGGGACUUGUACUAGCACAUGCAUUUUUCCCUUCUGGGACUGACAGACCAGAUUCAGCUGGUGACAUACAUUUUGAUGACGAUGAAAGUUGGGUUGACCUUUCCAGUGGCAAAACAGAACAAGAUGGAACAGAUUUUUUCACCGUAGCAAUUCACGAGUUGGGUCACUCGUUGGGACUUCAGCAUUCUUCAGUAGAAACAUCAGUUAUGUUCCCCUAUUAUAAAGGAUAUGAUAAAGAUACCACUAAUUUAUUGGAUUAUGAUGACAUUUUGGGAAUGUAUAGUCUGUAUAUCCAGAGAAGAUUAAAAGGCGAUGAUGCAACUCCAGCUACUUAUCCUGAUCAACAGUCAUCUACCACAGUUCUCCCAUAUACUCCUUCAGGAACACCAGCUAGACCUGAAUAUACUACGGGAAGAGAUCGAGAAGAAACUACCAGAACUACACGACGGACUACUCCUCGUUAUCAUGACAGGGAGCAAACUACCCCAACACCACGCAGAAAAUAUCAUUGGUUUGGUCCCAGACAUCCUCGUCCAACCGAACAUCCUCACCAUCACCACACAACAACCCAACGACACGAAGUCAAAUAUGAUGGGGAUGAUGAAUCGGUCGAUCGUCACAAAGAACAUGACCCGCACAAAACGAAUCCAGAAAAUAGCUCUCCAAGCUUGCCAUACAUUUGCCAUGGACAUUUUGACGCUGUGGCUACUUUGAGACAAGAAUUAUUUAUAUUCAAAGAUGAGUACCUGUGGAGAUUGAAUGACAAAAGUAUCAUGGUUCCGGGAUACCCAACACCAAUACGACAAAUGUUUCCAAAACUGCCAAAAUCUGUCAAAAAAGUUGACGCAGCCUAUCAGAGACCUGAUGGAAAUAUUGUGCUUUUUACUGGAAAUAAACUAUGGAUCUUUAAUGGCUUUGAAUUCAUAGAAAACAGUCCUUUACCGCUGAGUUACUAUGAUCUUCCUGAUUAUCUCGAUGGGAUUGAUGCUGUUCAAACCUGGUCCAAAAACGGUAAAACCUACUUCUAUAAAAGGGACAGGUUCUGGAGAUACAACGAAACAUCGAAAAGUAUGGAUCCAGGUUACCCCAUGGAUAUGAGUAGAUGGAGGGGUGUUCCGACUGAUUUGGAUGCAGCUACAACGUGGAAAGAUGGAAUUACCUAUUUCUUUAAAGGUGAUCUUUUUUGGAAGUUUGAUAACAAUUGGAUAAUUACCACUGAAACUUCACCACUGCCAAUAGCACCAAUAUGGCUGGGGUGUCAAGAAGAAGCUUUCCAAAUGAAACGACUGUUUGGUGCCUAAUUUAACUUUUUUUUUCAAUAGUCUGACUCGUCUUUUUAAAUCUUUGAAGUUAAAAAUGUAAUGGAUGAAAACGGUAGGCAUGUUAGGUGAAGUAAAACUCCAAUGAAAUGUUUAGUUAUAAAUACUUAUUACAUGAAUGAAUGAAACAAUAUUCUCUUGAAAAUAGAUUUUAACUAGCGAAAAUUCUUGCAAAAGCAUCAACUUAUUUAAAACUUUUGUUUCACAUGAAAGAUACUUGUCUAUUAACAAAUGAACAUUAUUUAUUAUAUUAUCGUCGAAAUAAAACACCUAUUACUUUAACUUGUUUAAUUAUCGAAAAUAAGCACCCGUAAAUUAUUAGGGACAACACCAAUAAUAAUCAGAUCAGAAGUGAGGAUUAUGUUUCUAAUGUAUGUGUUAUGCUAAGGGCGCGUUUGAAAACUCUACUUACACUAAAAUUAUGACAGGAAAGCGUAAAGCUGAUAUCAUUACACUGCCAAAUUUACUAAUUUACAUCUCAUAAAUAUUAUCACUAUUACCAUUCCAGUUGUUUCCCAUCCCACUGAAAGAAUCCUCCAUUAUGUUUUUCACUUAAAUUUUCCACGAAUUGAACUAAGCUGCAACAGCUAGAGUCUAUCGUCAUUGGCGCACCAUUACCUCCCAUGUCCGUUUUCACCCAUCCAGGAUGGACGCAGGUCGCCAAGAUGCCAUCUUUAAUCAAAUCGAUGCUUAGAGAUUUAGUAGCCAUAUUG